AUGUCAAAUCUAAAAAUGAAAGAGGCCGCCCUUAUCUAUCUUGACAGAAGUGGAGGCCUCCAAAAGUUUAUAGAUGAUUGCAAGUUCUACAAUGAUUCAAAACAAAGUUAUGCAGUCUAUCGAUUCAGUAUUUUAAUAAAUCCCUCUGAUAUUGUUGAAUUGGAUGCUGAACUUGGAAAUUACAUUUUACACCAGCCACUAAAAGCUGCUCAAGUUUUUCAAUCUGUCUGUUUUAUUGCUGUUAAGACUCUUUCACUAAUUGGACAAUUACAGACUGAAGCUCAAAUUAAUAUAGUGCUGAAGUUAACACAUUUACCUCCUCUGCGAAGUUAUAGUCUUGAUCUUUGUGAAUUUCCACUUGAUUAUUCAUCUCAAAGAUUUUAUAUGAUGCAAGGUAUUGUGAUUGCAAUGACAACUGUAACCAAGUACACACAAGGUGCAAGAUUUCUUUGUUCAGAUGAAGCAUGCCCUCUGUCGAAAGGAUUUGAGUAUAUAAGAGUGCAUGUGCCUGGUGCUACUGAAUCUGCAACAGUAAGAAAUGACUUUUUGUGUAAUCUGUGUUCAUCUUCACUUCAAGAAGACAGAAAAUUUAGAGUACUUGGUGAUAAACAGAUAGUUGAAAUAAUCACAGCAAAGGCACUUCAUGCUUUUCAAGGAUAUUCCAAUAACCAGCCAUUUAGGUUUCAAUCUCUUACAAUUUUUCUAAGGGAUGAAUCUGUGAGUAAAAUGAAUAUAGGAAAUGAGUAUAAAAUUAUUGGAAUUCCAACCUGUGUAAGAACUUCACAAACUGCUGUCUGUAUAGAGGCAAACAGUAUCAUUUCUUGUAAUCCAGAAGUUCCUUCAGGAAUAAGCGACAAUUUUAGGUAUCUCCUCUCUUUGACUUCCAGCUCAUGCUGGAAAUUUACAGCGAUACUUGCCAAUAUCUUUGCAUCACAAAUUGUUCCUCCUGGGACUUACAAUUUGCUCAAGCUAUGUUUGCUGAUGAGUCUAGUACAGACAAGUGACCGUAACAAGGAACUGAAAGAUUGCCUGGAUAUUUUAAUCAUGACAAGUGAUACUCUACUUGUAGACAGGCUUUUGAAUUUUAGUAUAAAACUUGUGCCUCGUGGCAUACGUCAUCCAGUCUCUACUGAAAUUUUUCCUACUCUAUCCAGGAAUAAGUAUGGAACUGGAGCAGUUAGUAUUCAAGCUGGCAGUGCUUUGCUAGCUAAAGGUGGUAUCUGCUUUAUAGGAGACUUGGCUUCACACAAAAAAGAUAAACUAGAACAGCUUCAAUCAGUUGUGGAAAGCAGAAGCAUCACAGUAUACAUCCCAGGAAAGAAGUUUGGGGAUGAUAUUAAUCAACAAAUGACUUUUCCAGUUCAGUGCAGUUUUUGGUCUUUUGUUGAUAUGGAUUCAUCUUCAAGGAGAAAUAUGCAGAAAACCAACACUCUCAUUGGUCGGAUGGAUUGCAGUUUGAUUCCAGCUAAUCUUGUAGAGGCGUUUGGAUUAUUGAUUAACUGCAAUGAAUCAUCUUCUUGCUACCCACUUAUUUCUACUGUGCAACACACUUUAAAGAAAGCCAUCGAUCCUGAAGAGCUCGUUUAUGUAGCUUCUAAGAAGUUCACAACUGAAGAUUUUGAAAAGCUGCUGGCUUUUGCAAAGAAUUUGAAUGUAGAAUUCAGUUUGGAGGCAGAAAGAAUGAUCCAUGGCUAUUAUCUAGCAAGUCGCAGAAUCAGAACAGAUUCUAUAAGUGGAUCAAAACUGUCAGCAUCUGCAUUAAAAUAUUUAGUUUCCCUAGCUGAAGCGCAUGCUCGACUGAACUUAAGGAAUAAAGUGCUUAAAGAAGAUGUACUAAUUGCAGCCUUAUUGUUUGAAACAUCUCUCACACUGAAAUAUGGGGCCACUGUAUUUUGUGUUGCUCCAAAUGCAGUAUUUCCAUUUGAAUUGUAUAAUGAAGAAUAUUUGGAGCAAAGGGAUAUCUAUUUGAAUCAAUGCCAACAGCAGCUCCAACAGUUUAUUGCCACAUAUGGACCUGGGACAGCUAUUUUCACUAGUGAUGAAUAG